AUGACCCGAUUGAAAAUUCUGCUUUUCGAUUUUGAUAUUGUCUAUGUGAACCAAAAGGCAGUAAAAGGGAGUGCAAUAGAAAAUUUUCUAGCCAGUAGAGCUCUAAAAGAUUAUGAGUCUUUGAACGUUGAUUUCCCGAAUGAAGAUAUGAUGUAUGUUGCAACCACUGAAGAAGAUGCUCAAGAAGGACAUCUUUGGAAACUAAAUUUUGAUGGAGUUUCAAACGCUAUGGGUAACAGAAUCGGGGCAGUCCUGGUAUCCCCAAACAAAGAUCAUUAUCUCUUUACUAGUAAAUUGAAUUUUGGUUGCACAAACAAUAUGACAGAAUACAAAGCAUGCAUCAUGGGUAUCCGUGAAGCAAUAAAACCCAAGAUCAAGGUACUGGAGGUAUAUGAAGAUUCUGCACUAGUAAUCUAUCAACUCAAAGGAGAAUGGGAGAUGAGAGACCCCAAGUUGACCAAUUAUCAAAGGCUGGUCCUUGAAUUAAUUAAGGAGUUCGAUGACAUCACUUUCUGCUACCUCCCGCGAGAUGAAAAUCAGAUGACUGACGCCCUGACUACUUUAGCUUCUAUGGUCAAAGUGAACAGACAAAAGGAUGUAAAACCUAUCCCGAUGAGUAUUUAUGAGGCUCCAGCCCAUUGUUACAACAUCGAGGAAGAAGAAAAUGAUGAUAAUCCUUGGUACCACAAUAUACUGCGAUAUGUGAAGAAUCGUGAAUACCUUGAUCAAGCAACCGAGAAUAAUAAAAGGACAUUGAGAAGAUUGACCAAUGGAUAUAUCUUAGAUGGGGAGAUCGUAUACAAAAGAAGAAAGGAUUAG